AUGCUCACCGCGGAACAAAUGCAGCGAGUAGAAAUCCUGCAACAAAAAAUAAGCUCCUUCAGAGCACAAUUAGAAAAAUUAGAACGUUAUUUAGAAAACAUUCAAAUCGAACCCAUCAACGCUAAGUUGAGGCUCGACAGUUUAACCUCGUUGUAUAACGGAAUAUUAAAAUACAAUGAGGAAUUAGAGUUGUUACAGCCGGACAACCCUCAGCUAAACGCGUUUCUCGGAUUUGAGGCGCGAUAUUUCGAAAUUGCCACCGCGAUAAUUAAAUUACAAGGUCGAGAUCAGAUCGCGCUUAAUAGCACUCUAAACUCGAGCAACGUGCUCAUAACAGAACGCCAAGAGUUGCCCAGGCUUCCCAAAAUCCGUAUUCCGGUUUUUGACGGAAAGAGGGAAAAUUGGGCGUCGUAUAAAAAUAAAUUCCUCGCGUUAGUACAUUCGCGGUCCGAUAUUUCAGACGCGGUAAAGUGCAGUCAACUUUUUGACUCACUCGUAGGCCAAGCGUUGGCCAAAGUCAGUCAGUUUGACCCUAGCGAACAAGACUAUGCCAUCGCGUGGCAGACGUUACUAGAUUUUUAUGAUCACAAACGGAUCGUAGCCGUGGAACAUUUGAACGCGAUUUUGGAUCUCCCGAAGGUUACGAGGUUGUCCGCGGAUGAUUUAUCAAAUUUGUUAGAUAUGACUCGCCAACACUUCCAUAUUUUAGAAGGUAUGGGCGUCCAAUCCAGCCAAGAUUUUAUCGUUAGGGUCCUCGAGCGUUGCCUUCCUCCGGUAGCACGCAGUAAAUGGCAGGACCAGCUAGGGAUGGAUGAGCUCCCAAAGCUGGACGAUUUGUUCAAAUUUAUUCAGUCGACCAUUUUUAAGCAACAAGCUUUUGAUUCUUCCAGUCAUGUCAAGAUUGACACUCAUCAAGUCAAUCAGAAAAGAAAAUCAGGAGAACCUCGCUAUCAACCAGCGAAGAGAUCAGCGAAGGGCGAUGUACAUGACGUUGAUUCGGAUGUCGGGGAAGUCACUUUCGUGACUUCCCCGACAUCCGAAUCAACGUCGUCAAAAAAUCCGAUCGUCUGUCUAAUGUGUCGCGAGGCUCAUAGACUUUUCAAGUGUCAUAAAUUCAUCGCGUUAUCGGUUAAAGAACGCGGUAAUAUUAGUGUGUCAUCAAAAGCAUCACACGUUGCUUCACGCGGAUCAAUCUCAGCGGCCAUUAUCCGGCCCUUCAUCGUCAGAAUCUUCCGGUGCACAUCCUCUAUGACGGAUAUCAAGGACUCGCGCCAUACUCACGUCUCCGAUUGA